AUGAGCGUAGUUGGAUUUGAUCUUGGGAAUGAGAGUUGUGUUGUGGCAGUUGCCAGACAAAGGGGAAUUGAUGUUGUUCUUAAUGAUGAGUCAAAACGUGAGACUCCUGCUCUUGUGUGUUUUGGUGAUAAACAUCGUUUUCUUGGAACAGCUGGUGCUGCAACCAGUAUGAUGAACCCAAAAAACACCAUUUCCCAAAUUAAGCGGUUAAUAGGGCGUCCUUUUUCUGAUCCUGAAUUGCAACAAGAUCUCAAGGCUUUGCCUUUUUCAGUUACUGAGGGACCCGAUGGUUUCCCAUUGAUCAAUGCAAGGUAUCUUGGGGAAACAAAGUCAUUCACCCCAACACAAGUUAUGGGAAUAGUUUUCUCAAACAUGAAGACAAUAGCUGAAAAGAAUUUGAAUGCAGCAGUUGUGGAUUGCUGUAUUGGGGUACCUAUCUACUUCACUGAUCUUCAAAGAAGAGCUGUAAUGGAUGCAGCUACUAUUGCCGGUUUGCAUCCUCUACGGUUGAUGCAUGAGACAACAGCCACUGCUUUAGCUUAUGGAAUAUACAAAACUGACUUACCUGAAAAUGAGCAGCUCAAUGUAGCCUUCAUUGACAUUGGACAUGCUAGCAUGCAGGUAUCCAGUGAAGCUCAAUGCCCUUUAGUUCAAUACAUUACACGAGAGCUUUUAACAUGCUUAAUAAUGGAACAUGUAAUGAGAUUCGCAAGCCCCGAGUAUGCACCUGUUCGUAGCGAUUCGGUUGUUGGUGAGCUGAAGUUGUCAGAGCCAACUGAUGUAAUUCUCCUAGAGAUUACAAGAAUUGAGAUGCUUGCGGUUACUGAUAGAUGUGAAUUCAUUGUAACAGAUACAUUUGGAAGAUCGAGUAAAACUGCAUAUCUGAAACUGCCCUGUUUCCCCUGGUUUCUUGGAUUUUUUUUUUCAGGAAUUCCUAAAAUAGAGAAGCUAGAAAUUGAAGGGAAAGCUUUCCAUACAAACUUAUAUGCAGUUCGUUGUAAUUAUAGUGGAGGAAAAGAGGGUGAAACAGAAAGGAUCAUCAAACAUAUGAUCAACCUAUUUGGGCUAGUAUUAUCUGUGGCUCCUUCUCCUGCUCCUGCUCUUCCCCCAUCAUUUUCUUCCAUUAUGCAAAGAUUUAAAUCUUACUAG